AUGUUGCUCUUCGCUCUGUUCUCAUUGCCACCCAUCCUUGCUUCUGCUGUCAACAUCACCACCUAUGUUGACGUCCAGCUAGCUCCUGCACAGCUACCUCCAUCUGCAGCAGCCAAAAAUGCUGAUGCCAUCGUAUCUGCUUUUGCCAAUCUAUCUCGAAAUACCAAAUGGAACUUGAUACAAAAUAUCACCCUCGAGGGCGAUAUAGGGGAACCAGAGGGGAUGGUCAGAAUAGGUGACAAUAGGAUUGUAGUCGCAUGGGGUGACUGGGUCGUACCCACCAAGUCGUAUGGUAAAGAUGUACAAGGCAAUUCCGUCAUUAACGACGGUACCGAUAGAGAGAACGGGCAAGGAUACGCACACUUAUCAAUCUUCGAUGGGACCGGAAAACGCCUGGCUGAUACAACGUUGAACGAGCUCAGUGAUUCGGAAUACCAUAUCGGUGGGAUAGACUACGAUGGGGAAUGCCUUUGGACCGAGUUGAGUGAAUACAGGCCGAACUCGACAGCAACGAUUAUUCGAGUCAACCCACACACCUACCAAUUCGAUCCUGUCGUCCAUAUCAAGGACCACUCAGGUGGUGUAUUGCACGACACGAAGAAGAAUACCAUAACAGCGUUGAAUUGGGGAUCAAGAAACGCUACCAAGUAUACCCUCGAUUCUGAGGACCUAUGGAGAGCACCCGAGAGUAAAAUUCCCAACCCAAGUUUCUUCGCAGAUUAUCAAGAUUGCAAAUGGUUGGGAUACCCAUCACGAUUCGACGGGGUAAGAUCCACUGCACUCUGCGCAGGUGUGGCAGCUUACUCGACCAAGAACUCGACUGUCUCCUUGGGUGGGCUGGCGAUAAUCGACGUAGACACCAUGGUCCCUUUGAUGGAAGUGCCGAUCACACUGUAUACUCCAAAAGGAACUUCGAUGACUCAAAACCCGAUAGAUGUCGACGUGGUGGAUGGUAAAAUGCGAUUGUACUUUGCGCCCGACCAACAUAACGGGACGGUGUAUGUGUACGAAGCCUUGUGA